AUGGGAUAUACAGAAGUAGCCAUGCCAAUCUUGGACAUGCUCAAGUUCCGAGCCAGGAUCUUGAAAUUCUCGUCGUCGAUACCAAAUCCUUUCCUCCUGGUGCUUUCAUCCGUGAUUUGGACCUCAUCGACGCCUUCCCACCGCUGA